AGGACCCGGGCCGGGCGGCGCUGCGCGGUGCCAGCAGGGGGCGCUCGAGGCCCCGCCGCUCCACUCCCAAGAUGGCGGCGGCGGCGGGGGGCUGCGUGCCGGUGCGGGUGUGCCACCAGGAGAUCGUCAAGUUCGACCUGGAGAUCAAGGCGGCAGUGCAGGACAUCCGGGACUGCCCGGGGCCGCUCAGCGCCCUCACGGAGCUCAACGCUGCGGUGAAGGAGAAAUUCCGGCACCUCCGCGGCCGCAUCCAGGAGCUGGAACAGAUGGCGAGGGAACAAGAUAAAGAGUCAGAGAAACAGGCCUUGCUGCAGGAAGUGGAGAACCAUAAAAAGCAAAUGCUCAGCAAUCAGGCAGCUUGGAGAAAGGCAAAUCUGGCUUGCAAACUUGCUAUCGACAACUCUGAGAAAGAUCAGCUGCUGCAGGGAAGAGACUCCUUAAGACAAAGAAAGACUACGAAGGAAAGUCUGGCAGAGAGUGCAAGUAACAUCACAGAGAGCCUGAUGAGCAUCAGCAGGAUGAUGUCACAGCAAGUCCAGCAGAGCGAGGAGACUGUGCAAACCCUGGCCAAUUCUUCACGAACCAUCCUGGAAGCAAAUGAAGAAUUUAAGUCCAUGUCUGGGACGAUUCAGCUGGGGCGAAAGCUGAUAACAAAGUACAACCGCAGGGAGCUGACUGACAAGCUGCUCAUCUUCCUCGCCCUUGCCUUAUUUCUGGCCACUGUGCUUUAUAUUUUGAAAAAAAGACUCUUCCCAUUCUUGUAAAAUUCCAAAGUUAAACUGGACUGUUAUGAAAGAUCAGAAAGGAAUAGUGUAAUACUGUUAGGCUCAUUAGAAAAGGGAUAUUGCAAUAGCUGACAGAGCAUUAGGGCAGGCGUGACUUCACAGUGUCCCUAUGGAGUUCACAACCUGCCAAAGAAGAGCUUAAAUGACCACAGGUUGGGAAGAAAUGGUUAGAUGGAGGUGUGGAGAGAAGAAGCUCCAAUCUGCCUGUGGGUUUGGUUGUCUGGACAGACACUGGAGGAACUGUGCCUCUCAGAGGUGCUGCUUUUACCUCAUCCUUUCUUCACUUUACCAUGAAAUUUACUUUUGUCUUUGGCUUGAAGUGGAAGCUGCAUUGAUACCCAAGUGCAGAGUGCUUAAAACAAGUGGAAGGAUGGAAGAGAGAAACACACAUACAUUCCAUGAAUAAACUAUUUAUUGUAUCCAUGUAA